AUGCGAUGCGCGAGCAAGGCCGCCGAGAGCGCGUCCGCACGUCUCUGUGCGGACGCCGAAGCAGAAACAACAGCAACUGAUGUCUCAUCCGUUGCUGAAGCGACCCAGCCUGUGUCACUUGGUGAUGCAGGCGCUGGUCAUGAAGACACUCGUGUCUUCACAGAGUACGAGCUCGGUGUCUCGUACUCUCCUGAUACGGAUGACGGAUCCGUAUCGACGGCGAUUGAAUCCAAGCCGCCUACCAAGCGUGGCAUGGACGAUGCUUUGCGUCGCAGUAUCUUUGGUUCAUCUGAUGAAUCAGAUGAACCAUCGCCGAAGCGAAGGCGCUCGAGGUCGCGAGACUUGGGCGCUAACAGUGGUGUCGGUUCUCCUAUGGACACCACUUCGCAACGAGGUGCCAGUACUUCUGUCGGCACGUCGCAGGAAGAGCGGGACCGCAAUGUGUUGCGUCUCGCUCCUGAGAAGAAGGCAUGGAUGCCUCCAAAAUCCGUCAUGGAUCACUUGUCGGCGACGACGAGUGAUCGUUAUCGAACACGGUUGUUCGAUUCGUCAAGAAUCCAUCACCUUGACCCCAGUGCGAAAAACUAUCGCGCUGAACAUGAAUUCUUCAUCGAUGCUUUCGACACAUCGAUGGUACAGUGGGAAUCACAAACGUGA